UCUCCACAGAGCCCCCCACUCUUCACCCUCAAGGCCGGACCACGACCCCCACAUCGCCGCAGAGACCCCCAGCUCCGACCCGGUUCGACCCAGACAUGUCCGGCCGAACUGGGGCUCCACAGCCCCUCAAGGCCACCGUACCGUACCAGCUGACCGGCAGACCCCGGACCCAGCACCGGGAGGGGAAGUCCGCUGGAACCACCACCACACUGCACCAGCUGAGCUCUGGCAUGAGGCGGACCAUGUCCCUGGACGCCAUCAUCGGACCCUACCUGCAGGGACACUGGCCCAAAGAACCAGAGGGACAGAGCAGCCCCUCGUGCAAAGACAAAUCCACUCAGACACCAGACUCGUGGUCAGAUGGGUCUCAGAGCCGGAGAGGCAGCAGCAGCGGCAGCCACAAGCGAUCAGCAUCAUGGAGCAGUGAUGAACAUCUGCGGGAGAUUGCUAAACUAAAACAACAGCUGCAGCAGCGCAACAGACCUGCGCUCUCAGGGGGACACGACAAAAACUCCCAGCGAGGGUAUCCUCAGAGGAGCUGCAGCCUAGGAACCACCCAGACUCAGUCGGUUCCCAUCCCCCUCGCUCCCUUGUCUACGCUGGUCCCUCGACUGCGCUGCAGCGUGGAGGGCCUCAACCAGGAGCUGGAGGGCAUGUUCAUCUGCCAGCCGCUGCAUCCUCAGCACAGGCUCCUCGAGGUGCCUGAUGGUCACCGGGCUCCGGUCCCUCGACUGAGCUGCAGCAGUGGUUCCCAGAGUGACCCCAUAACCCCAACCCUGUCUUCAUGCUCCCCCUCCCCCUGCUCCUCUCCCUGCUACAUCUCCUCCUCCCCACCCUACUCUGGAGAGGCCCCUGUGGACCGGCAACAAGGUUCCACAGACAGCGCAGAGAUGUGCCUCCUGUCUAAGUUCUCCUGCCAGAACGAGGCGGACCUCCCCCUGCCGCUGCUGAUCUCCUCGUCUCCAGGACCCAACAAAAGCUCCUGCUUCCAGCGAGAACCUCCAGAAGGCUGCGAGAAGGUCCGAGUCUGGGAGGAGACCAGCACUCGAAGCCAAUCAAAGCCAACCCUCUUCUCCUCCUGCCCGGACCCCAACAAGGUCAACUUCACCCCCCACGGGGGCUCAGCCUUCUGGCCCGUCAGCCUCCUGAGGCCCCUGCUCCCCUCCAUGGACCUGUUGUUCCGCAGCCUCGCCAUCUCCCCAGCAGGCAGCUGCUCAAACCAGGGUACGAUUUCCUGUCAGGCGGCGUCCUCUGAGAACCCUUCUGCUGCUUCAGAUCCUCCGGCUGCUGCCGCUGCCACCGUGGGAGAAAGCUCCGGUCGGGCCUUCGCUUUCUGAUCAAUGCUGCAGAUUGAUUUCUGAAGAGUUUGUAUAAUGCAAAUCUUUGAGUCUUCUGGGUCAGAUUUAUCCCAGUUGCUUUAUUUUAGGAAGGUCCCAUUGCUUUUCUACGCAGGUAUAAAAAAAAAACGUGUUAAAAAAAAAAAAUAUAGAAAGAAAUUGAAUAUGAUACUCAUGCAUGAUCCAAAGCUUUGCUUUAUACGUUACUUGUGUCAGGUUUCCAGGCAUCGUGACAUCUCUAAAUUAAGAGCUUUAUAGUUGAGACUUUUCAUUAUCCAAAGAUUUAGUUUUGGCCAAACCAGAGUGUGAGCAACGGCUCAUUUUUCUCUUACACGAUCUGAGAUGUGAUUCGUUGACUGAUUUGCUGCACAGAUUUUUCCGUUUCCCCAAAGAAGCCAUGAUAUAGACUUUUUAUUUGAUGCUGGUUAUAAAACCCUUGACUGUGGUGUGCCUCUCGGUCUAAAAUGUUGAGAGUUUGGGUCCAGUCAGAAAAACACAUUGGGAAUACGUUUGUUUUUAAGCAUUUAAAGAUAUUUAUCUGCGAUUCUCCUUAGAUUUUUUUCACCUAACACGACCCUUCAGCUGUUGCUGGUGUACAAAGCAUGACAAAUCAGUUUGGUACUUCUUUUUUUUUUUUUUUACCUGAUUUGAAAAUGAACUUUUUGUUAGCUGUAGACUGAAGGGAAUAUUCCAGUUGUCUGACUUGGGGACAUUCAGUACCUGAAGGCUUCAGCUUCUUGCAUUCCUGCUUCAAACGUUGAUCCGAUGUUGUUUUUUUUGUAUCUCGUUAACUUGCAAAAAAAGGUAACUUGUACACAUGUUAAAGGAUGAAAACCUGCUAUUCCUCUAUGUUCUAGAUGUGUGCUUGACUGUAUGUUUAUAGUUUGGAGGUUUCACAGCCUAGUUGACUACCUAACCAGUUUUAGUGGUGUAGAUUUGUCAUCAAGUGUUUUUCUUUGACCAUGUUCUCUUUUUCAUCUGCCAUGCUGAUGUUCAGAUUGAGGUUUAUUUCUGGUAGACAUGUUUGCACAAAUUGAACUGCUACGUUUGAGUCGCAAUUCUUAGUUUUAUAUCCACUUUUUGUACUUCAUUGUAAAUUGUAGUAAUGUGUAUUUUCUACACCUUUUUUUCCAAUUACCUGCAACAUAAGCUAUAAAACAGUUACUUUUAGUUUCAUUCUGUCAGUAUAAGUGAGGCGGGUGUUACAUGAGAUGUUGUAUCAGGUGGAUUUUUAUGCACUUCCAGGAGAGGCUUUUUUAUUUGGAGGAAACGCUUGUGAAUCCUGGGUUUAUUGUGUCUGACAGGAGUUUUGUUAAUGGGUGUGUGUCUGUGUGUGUGUGUGUGUGCACGUUGAUGGGAAGGUAACUAGUCUGACUGUUCGACUAACUUCUGCUAGUUUUAGUGUCCUGGUGAAUUGCUGAUGCAUUUAAACAUUGUCUUUUUCCAAAUAAGCCUCAAGGUCAAUGUUUAUUGAGUCUGCAAAGAAUCCAGGGACGUGCUGUUAUCUCAGGUUCUGUGUUCUGUCCACAUAAAUAAAUAUUAUUGAUUAUU